UUUGAACUGUAAUGAAUAGUACAAUGGAUAAUAAGGAAAAGCAUCCUCUUUAAACAUCAGAACAGAAUGAAUUAAUUACUUAGCCUAAUAAACAUACAGAUUUUUAAUAUUGUUAAAGAGUUAAUAAAAUGACUACAAUAGCCAGUUCAUCUUUGACAUACGAAAUUCUUAUGUAUCUAAAUUCUUUUUAUUUCGGUAUGUUUGCCAUAUGUGAACUGGGUAUGGGAUUUUUCAAGGCUGCAAAUCUACCUUCACCUGGUACAAACACCACAUUGACAGAGUUUGCGCUCUUGUUUUUCCUCAUAAUCACAGAGGGAGCCAGAAUUUAUCUUGGAAGGAAAGGAAAUUUAACAGAACAUGGACUACCAAUUCUUAUUGGAGUUAUUUUAACUGUACCCAGCUCCUUAGCAACAUUAUACUUUCUAAUCUGGCAAAACUAUGUACUCAGAUUAGAAGUAAUUCUUUGCAGUAUACAAUUGGUACUUUUAGCAUCUGAAUUAGUUAUUUCUAUCUUGUGCCUUAUUGCCAUUUAUAAACCUUCAUCUCCAGAAGAGUAA